GGAUGUCACUGUCAGUGGGCCAGACGAUGAUGUACUGACUAGUCCUACCCAGUUCACGUACAACGAGGCUCUGACUCCUGUCAUUUCCAGCUACACGCCUGAAGACAUCACAGUGGCUGGUGGAGAUACCUUGACUGUGGAAGGCACAGGUUUGGAGAUUCACCAGCACUGACUCUGGACUGUGACAGUGAAACUGUGUCUCUGGAAGCCAGUGUUACAGAGAGUGGCGGUGUGACAGCUACCCUGCCCUCCCUCAGCCCAGGAGAGUGUAACAUCCUCCUGUUUGUGCCUGGCAGUGGCUACGCAAUGGUUCAGGAAAGUUCAAGGAAGAGGUCUGCUAACAGGUUUAGAUUUGCCAGCAUCAGUGUGACACUGAAAGUGACUGGAAUGGACGUGUCAGAGGGCUCGCUGUAUGGAGGCACCUUGGUGACCCUUGAAGGGAACGGGUUCAGUGAGGAGGCAGCAAACAACGAGGUCAUGUUUGGUGAAAUUGGCUGUGAGGUUGAGACCAGUUCUGACAGCAGGAUAACAUGCAGGACAGGAAGCACUGCUACGAGCCAUACUGUCACCAACGAUGGAUCACAUCCAGAGUAUGGAGCUGGCUAUGCUUGGGAGCCUGCUGAUCUGACUGUCACAGUUGGUGAUACGGUAGUCUGGAGGUGGGCGUCCAGUGGGUCUGGUGCUGCAUACGGCAUCCACCAAACAACUGACUCUACUGGGGAGGAGCAGGCUGGCUUUAGCAGCGGGGAACAGACAAGUUCAGGUGCCUUCCAGCAGUCCUUUAAGACUGUGGGAACCUCCUACUACACCAGUGGAUGUGUGGAUGCGGAGUGUAAUAUCAAAAUGCUGGGGAAGGUUCGGGUUGUUGCUGCAGAAGAUGUCGGCAAAGCCUUGUCAGUGACGGUGCAUGGAAAGGAGGCCAAUCAAAUCCCAAGAUCUUCAAGACGAAGGAGAAAUGGAGCACAGGAUCCAAGUGGGUCCUGUCCUGGUGGGACAGAUCCCCUGCUGCCCUGCCCCGGAGACCCACCUGAGGCACCUGAAGGCGCCGUCUACAGCUUCAGCUUCCGUAACUGCAUGACUGCGGAGGCCUCCGGCAGCGUUACGCAGGGCACCGCUGGGACCCUCCUCACCUUCCAGGGCAGAGGCUUCAGCACUGAGGCUUGCGAGAACGUGGUGAUGAUUGGGGACCACCCCUGUGAGAUCGAGACUGCGUCAGCCUCCACUCUAACCUGUCGGGUUACCCCGGGCAAUGACAUGCCCGUGGGGAUGCCCCAAUUCGUGUCCGUGAAUGCCAAGAACCGUGGUUCUGCCAUUGUAACAACCUCUGACACAUUCGUUCUCUUGCCGGCCAUUACAUCUGUGUCGCCUGAGCAGGGCUCUACUGAAGGAGGUACAACCGUCACGAUUUCUGGUUCAGGGUUCACCGCAGGGGCUGACGGUACGACAGUCAGGAUUGGAUCGUCCGGAUGUGUCAUCCAGUCCGUGACGUACAACGAGAUUAUCUGCACGACUCAGCCGGCGUCGGCUCUGACCAGGGACGUGGUGGUGACCCAGGUGGUGAACGGAAACUCUCUGGGCGCAACCUGCGAUGGCACCUGUCAGUUCAGCCACAGGGAUUCUGCAACACCGAGAGCUGUGAGUAUCGAGCCGACCACUGCAUCUGGAGCCUCCACCGACUUUACCAUCACUGGAGCCCUGUUCGGAACAGAUUCGGAUGCUGUCACCGUGGAGAUUGGAGGCACACCCUGCGAGGUCACUGCGGUGACUGACAGCUCCAUUUCCUGCACGACUGGACCCCUCCAUGUCGGCAGUAACGACGUGAGCGUGGUCAAUGCUCUUGGCGCUGCUACGUCAUCCCUCACCGUGGACAGCCUGGCACAGGCCGACAGUGUCUCACCAUCCUCUGGCAGCAUGGCAGGUGGCACCGUCGUCACAAUCUCUGGGAAUGGCUUUGCAGACGACACAACCAUUUCCAUGGGAGACGCAGGCGAUUGUGAGAUCACUGAGCUCACAGCAACCAGCAUUUCAUGUGCUACUCCUGCAGCAACCCAAGAUGGAGACCACACUGUCCAGGUGUCUGUAGUCUCCAAUGGACAGACGUAUCCUUCGCUAGACUUCACCUACGCAGCAGACAGGACGCCUGUUGUCGACGGCAUCUCCCCGUCCCAGGGCACCAGUGGUGACACGGUCACCAUCACUGGAUCUAGGUUCACCAGCGGCUCAACGAGAAGGAGAAGAAAUUCAUCUUACGGUGUUUCCGUCACUGUCGGUGCUGUCCCUUGUCCGCUGAGCUCUGUUUCAAGCACAGCACUCACCUGUACCCUUGGGGACAUGGUGGCAGGCAGCUAUCCUGUGAGUGUGAAUGUGGCAGGGAUGGGGCUCGCAGUUUCAUCUACCACGUUCAUGUCUCAGAUGUCGUUGGAGAGUGUAGAUCCACCUACAGGAAGCUUUGGAGGAGGCCUGACCCUUACUCUGGGUGGCAGUGGUUUCUCUGCCAGCACUGUUGCUACAGUGUGUGGCGUGUCCUGCCCAGUCACCAAUACUGAGCCCUUGGAGCUAGAGUGUACACUACCAGCAUAUAACGGUGCUUCAUCAGGUCAGGUUGCCUGCGAUGUUGAAGUUGAGGACAAUGGCGUCACCGAGUCACUGCCUGCUGCGUUCACCUACGACAGCGCCAUGACCCCUGUGAUUGACUCAGUCUCCCCCAGCCUGGGUGGCACGGCAGGAGGAACUACCCUCACCAUCAGUGGCAGUAACCUGGGAGAUGUGUCCAGUGUGACCAUUGAAGGGAGUGACUGUGACAUCACAGCUGCCAGUGCCUCAGAGCUGACCUGUGUGACAGGAGCCCACCAGGGCAGUGUGCAGGGCAAGGUCACAGCAGUGAGCCUGUAUGGAAUUGCCCAACAGGACAAUGCAGACUUUUAUUACGCGGACAGGUGGUCGUCACGGUUCACCUGGGGCGGGGAGGACUUACCUGGGGACGGAGACUUUGUCAUCGUGGAGCAGCCACAGACUCUACUGCUGGACACUGAGACAGCAAUCCUGAGCAUGCUGCUUAUCGAUGGCGGCUCUCUGAUCUUCUACGAUGAGAUGGAUGUGCACCUACAAGCUGAGAAGAUCCUGAUUGUGAACGGAGGGACCCUCCAGGCCGGUACCCACGACGAUCCAUUCCAACACCAGGCCACGAUCACCCUGCACGGACACCUGCGCAGCAAGGAGCUGCCCAUCUAUGGCACCAAGAAUAUAGGACUGAGAGGAGGGGUAUUGGAUCUUCACGGCAUGCCGGUUGAUCCCACCUGGACCCUGUUAGCUCAGACGGCAACUGCUGGAUCAAACAGCCUCGUUUUGGAAGAAGCCGUGUCAGGGUGGAAUCCCGGGGACAGUGUCGUCAUAGCAACCACCGGGCACCGCCACUCGCAGGGUGAGACGGAAGUGAGGGAGAUCCAGUCUGUCAGCGAGGACGGACACACUGUCACACUCACAGAGAGUCUAGAGUAUGAACACUUGGGUGUGGUUGAAACGGUCGACGGUUUGUCCUUGAGCUUCCAGGCAGAGGUUGGUCUUCUCAGCAGAACUGUCAGAGUGCAAGGCUCAUCAGCUACUGUAGGCUGGGACAGGGAAAUCGAAGCCUGCCCAGAGGGCUUUGACACUGGUGAGUUUGUCACACAGACCUGUUUCGAGGGCCGUUUUGGAGAUGAAGUAGGCAGCGAUCAGUUUGGUGCCCAUGUCAUGGUCCAUGGGGAAGACGUCACUUUCCGUAUCGAGAACACCGAGCUAACCAACAUGGGACAAGCCUUCCGUUUGGGCCGCUAUGCCGUCCACUCCCAUCUGAAUGGUGACAUGAGUGGCUCCUAUGUGCGUGGCAAUGCCAUCCAUCGUAGCUUCAACAGGGCCAUAGUCAUGCAUGCUACAAACUACCUGCAGGUGGAGGACAAUGUGAUCUAUGACAUCAUGGGCGGAGCUGUCUUCCUGGAGGAUGGCGUUGAGAUAGGAAAUGUCAUUCAAGGCAAUUUUGCAUGCUUUGUCAAGUCCAGUACCAGUCUCUUGAAUGAUGACAUCAUGCCAGCUAACUUCUGGGCGAUCAAUCCCAACAACACUCUCAGUUACAACCAUGCGGCAGGUGGAACCCACUUUGGUUUCUGGUAUGACCCACCCGAACAUCCCCACGGUCCGUCACGGACCGUCGACUCCAGCCCGCAAAAUGCCCCUCUCGGAGAGUUCCGAGGCAAUGUCGUCCACUCGCAGGGGUGGUUUGGGCUGUGGAUCUUUGAGGAGUACCACCCGAACGAGCCUGCCAUCUUCCGUGACUUCACCGUCUAUAGAUGUGAGAAAGGUGCAGAAGCGGUGAACGUCGGGGCUAUCACCUUCGACAACUUCAAGAUGUACGACAACGAUAAGGCCGGCAUAGAGUGGAAGAGAUCCUUUGUGGAUAGUUGGGGCCUUACAGGAGUUACAAACUCAGACAUCGUUGCACACACUGCACUGGCUGGCGACGACGAUGGCACUGCUGGUGGUGUUAUUCUCCCAUUCGGUCCAGGCUUCAGUGUUGAUGGUACAAAGUUUUACAACUUUGACAGAGAUGGCAGCACCUGUAUAAAACCAACCAGGAUUGAUGGUACCUGUAACGCGUAUUGCUCUGGUUUUGGAGCCAAAUUUUCAGGCAUUGAAUACUUUAACUCACCAAACAAGGGCGAGUUCGAAUUUGAGCAUGAGUCCUUUUUCAUGGAUGUGGACGGGACUCUAACAGGUACUAACCCAGGCGCCUACGCGGUACCAUCAUCUGACAUCCUGCCACCCGGCUGCUCUGAGAGUGCAGAAUUCAGCCUAGGAGAUUUCCCUGGAAGCGUCUGCACAGAUUCCAACUACAAAUUGAAACGUUUCGCCUUCAACAAGGCCCUCCCCAGUUCCCUUCUGAACAGGAACACUUGGUUUGAGAACGAGUUUGGCAGAGCUCAUUCUACCUGGCAAAUCAAGAGAAUGACCCACAAAGAAGGGUGGAUGUUUGACCUGGUGGAAGGGGAAAACUACAAAUUUAGUUUUGAAGACUCAGAGCAUAUCACCAACAUGAGCUACACAGGGACGUUCUACGACAUGGAGGAUGGCGACUAUUUCAUCAUCCGACAUGAACUGUACCAGGCGCCGGACCGCUUCUCUGUAAUCGAGGGUGAUGACAGAGAUGGGUUGGACAGCCCAAUUGACCCUGAUGCCCACUCACAUGGAGACUGGCACUUCGAUGAGUCCACAAAUGUCUUCUCAUAUCUAGUCAAGGGAGAUGGCAAUGGUGUGGACAGGGACAUCCAUCUCAGGGUGUAUCGCUGUGCGUUCGAGGACUGCAUCGCACCCCUUGAUCCAGCAGAGGCUCCGCCUUCAGAGAACAGACCUGAUGACUACGUCGUCUACGGAUCCUCAGUCGUGGAGUGGUAUGAAGAAGACGGCUACCUGGUUCCGGGUUUGUCUUCUUCCCCUGACAGGAAACGGAGCGCACUGGUGCCUACGGCUGGAGACAGUCUCAGGAUUGAUAACAUUCCCUGGUUGGUACUUGGUGACAAUGAUCUCCCUCGCCUUGAUAAGCUCCAUAUCGUGACUGUUCUGGAACUGUGGGACCCCCUCCACCCCUACACUCGGGACUACACCAUAGAGGCUACAGUUAUCUUCAUACAGGGAGGACGACUGGUGUGUGGCUGGCCAGAAGAGAAUUACUUGGGCAAUGUUCUCUUUAAUCUUCUCGGAGACCACAGAACCCCUGACAUGCCUCUUCCCAGUGGCCCCAAUGUAGGAGCAAAGGCAAUUGGUGAUUUUGGAGGUCUGGACCUGUUUGGAGACCCAAAGACAAGCUGGACUAGCCUGGCCCAGACUGCUAACGCUGGUGACACCACCCUCACACUGCAAGACCCCGUGAACUGGGUGGCAGGCGACGAAAUUGUCGUCAGUCCCACUGGGUUCAAUGCCUGGGAAACCGAAACAUUCACAAUCGCUGAUGUCUCUGACGACAUGAUGACUUUGACCCUUGAUGCACCUCUUCAGCACAGACACAUUUACGACCAGGGAACCUACGGUGGAAAGACCUACACUUUUGCAGCUGAGGUGGGGUCUAUGACUAGGAACAUCAAGAUUGCGGGUGCUGCCUACGACGACCAAGAAGAAGAGUCCUUUGGUGCCAGGCUGCUUGUGGGCUCUUUCAACACUGGAGGGCAAACCUACACAGGCUAUGCCCGAAUAAGCAACGUCGAGUUUGUGCGCUCUGGUCAGGAGGGAUGGACCGAUUCGUACGAUCCACGCUACUCCGUGGCAUUUAUGGACCUCGGAGAUAUUGAGAGUGAUCGACCAUCCUUCAUCGACAACAGUGUCAUUCACGAUGCAUAUGCUCCUGGUAUCGGCAUCUAUGGGACAAACAAUCUCAAUGUGUCCAACAAUGUCAUCCACCACUCUGUUGGACAAGGUAUCAUUGCGGAGGGAGUGGGGAAUGCCCUGACAGACAACUUGGUGGUUCUGUCCAUCUUCCCUGGGACGUACCAAGACCGUUUCGAGGCCUCCAGUGACAAGUGGCAGGGAGCUGUGGAGGUCCAGGGUGCUACCAGUGUCGUGCUUGAGCGCAACCACAUUGCUGGAGCAGAGCGGAUUGGACUCCACGCGGAUGGGGAACCAUGUGACGAUGACAGCUGGGGGUGGGAAGGAAAUCAGGUCCACACAGCUCUGCAUGGUAUCCAUCUGUAUGAGGAUGGACAAAGUGACUGUACCAGGAUUCGUAACUUCGAGGUCUUCAAGUGCUACGCCUACGGCCUGCACUACCAAUCUCAAUCCAGUGUGGUUGUGGAGAACACCGCUUUCGUAGAUAACCGCUUGGGCUCAUUCAUGUCAGUCGUAGGACCUCCAUCUCUGGAUCAUGCGAGGGUGGCCAAGUCUGCUACUGUCAGAAACUCCUUGUACGUUGGACGUAGUGCAUCGUUCGACUGUGACACAGACGUCAUGGACAGGUCUGAUGACAACCUCAAGAUUGCAGCAAAGUGGGGAGGUUUGGGCUUCACUAGUAACAAGGGCAGCAGUGGUGGUUUUAUUGGGUUUGCCUUUGCUGGCGGCAUGAGUGGCUGGAGUGGCUCUCCACUCCAUCCAUGGUGGAGCCAGAUGUCCUACCCUACUCUAGAUUUCGACACCAGGAUAAGUGAUACGACCUUUGCUAAUUACGAUGAUGCAUGUGGCAAAGAAGAUGUUGCAAUGCAUACCUGGACAGCGAAUGAGGAUGCAUUUUUCCCAGUUACUACUGAGAAUCUUUCUUUUGACAACACUCCCUUGGAACACAGGGUUUUCUUUGACAGACCUAGUGUUAGGUUAGUUAACCCCUCUGACUGUGUGGACAUGUCCUGCGAUGGCAAGGUGCAGGGAUUCAUACUAGACCUAGACGGGACGUUGCUCGGAGCUUCGGGAGCGAUCACUACACAGGCAGACUGGGAGUGGGACGGGGACGCCAGGUACGGUAGGGGAGACUACCGAAUCCCCAACACCAUGCUGUCUGACCUAUCUGGGGACAGGAUCGAACCCAAUACCCUUGCACCUGAAGGACGAGGUAUCGUCCGGAACAACAGGUGUGUGAAAAACGAUGAAAUGCAUGCCUACUUGUGCCCGGACAUGGAUUACAGAAUGCUGACAUUGGAGAGCAUGGAUGCAGACACCGAGACCCGGCGUCUGUCUCCUGUCGCCCUGCUUUCUAAUGGAUAUGUUGACCUGAUCAAUGGACCCCAGGACCAUGGCUGGUGUGCGGGCUACACCUGCAGUCUACGUAUCUCCACCUUCCAGGCUGUGGUGGUACCCGGCGAAGACUAUCUCGUACACUACACCGGUGUCUCCCCCCGAGAAUCCCGAUACUUCAUGCCGGAUGCUGAAGAAGACGACACUCUGCUUCUAGGACUCUUUUUCUCCAACCCCGAGCGGCUCGACGUCUACGCCGAUGGCGUCUUUGUGGAGCCAAAGAACAGCGUAGGUGAUGGGUCGGGCUCCGUGCGGCCUGGGCUGCACUACCCAACACACCAGGAUGAGGCUGGGGCCAACUUCAUGAACAUUGAAGAGCAGACGCUGUAUUUCCUCAUAAAAGGUUCGUCGCCAAUCGACAUCACAACCUCCGACGUGCUCACCAUCGCCUUCGGGCUCCCGCCAAUCACCGUGGAGGACUUCUUCGGAGAAAGACUAGCUGAGAACCUUGCCUUGUUCCUGGACAUUCCGCCUGGAAAAAUCCGCCGAGUGAAUGUCGUGAGGGAAGACGAACUAUUAGUGCGUCGCCGGCGUGCAGCCGCAGGCGUCACUGUGUCGCUGCAGAUCGGAGACGAGCCAAGCGCAACCCUCAACGGCACCGUCCCGAACAGUCUGUCAUACGAGCAGCUGAAACAACUGGAGGCUACCCUCAUUGAUGCCCUUCAAACAGGAGCACUCUCGAGUAUCCUCGGAGUAAACGUGACAAGUGCGUCCAUCAAUGGACCAGUUCCGCCGGUGGGCAGCGAGGAGUGGUCGCAGCUGACCGUGGAGCCUGCCGUCGCGGUGAUGUACGGCACUCCAGCGUCACUCCGCGUGGCCCUGGAGCCCCAACCACUGCACGAAGGCGCAGGCUUCUCCGUACAGCCGAAGAUCCAGGCACUGGAUGCUGAGGGUAAUGUCAUCAGCCACCUUGGGUACUCUAACACCCCCUGGGAGGUCGAGGCAACACUGCAGCUGGGGUCUGGGUCUGACGCACGCGCUCUGCUGAAAGGCACCACCAGUGUUCCGUAUGUCGACGGGUGGGCCAACUUCACCGACCUGCAGAUCACUCACAGUGGCGAGGACUAUACCAUCCACUUUACAGUGAGCAGGUCCACCCAGGCUCCUCUGUUGGUGUUCUCUCAGCCUCUGACUGUGGCUACCAAGCCUGUGACAGUGGGCAUGCUAAGCCAACCAGAGACAGCGACUGUUGACCAACCAUUCAGCCUGCAGAUGGAACUAAGGGACGCUGUGACUGGCCAGGCACUGCCUGACAUCGCCUGGAAGGGGAUGAACUGGGCCGUUACCGUCUCCUUGGCGAAACCGUUCCCUGACAUGUACAACGGCAGCCUUUCUGGGGAGACCUCGGCCACCUUCAACCCCCUCACCGGCUACGCAACCUUUGUCAACCUCCAGCUGUCUCAUGCCAGCCGUUACCAGCUGGAGUUCCACGUCACCAACGACCAGAACAUGGCAGAGUACGACUUCACCUACUCCCCGGAGCCCGUUGACGUGUUCCCGUCCGGCUACCAGCGUCCCGGGGGGGUGGAGAAGGCCGUGCAGAUCAAGUUCGACGCAGACUUCUCCACGGUGCAGGAGCACGAGGCGCACUUCGAGAUCUUUGUGAUGAACGAACUGAAUGCCAAGUACAGCGAAGUCUACAUCUCUGCUGUGGACACUUCUGCAGGAAGUAUCAUUGUGGACUUCACCCUGACUGGUCCAGAGGAGGCGGUGGAUGCUGCCCUCCUGAGUCUGUGGGAGGCGGUGAAUCAACCAAUGACUGUCACGUUUAAUGGGAACACCAUGGAAACCAUCCCUAUCAUGUUCGUGAACAACGAACGUUACUACGGUACAGGCGUGGCAAGUGGCGAUGACGUCGUCCUGAUUGCUUGCAUCGCCACCGUGUCGGCCUUUGCCGUCAUUUUCAUCACGCUGAUCGCGAUCUGGAGAUGCAAGAAAUCUGCUGCAGGAUCAGGAAAGACUGCAUGGAGCAACUUCCGCCCCUCGUCAGCCAUCUUCCGCCCAAGCUCUGCCACCAGCAUCAUCAAGGUGAAGGAAGCCCACCUGAACCAGCCCCCGGUGGUCCUGCAGUCCUUCAACCCACUCAAGGACGCCGAGGAGAACUUCGGCAGGAAGAACUCCGGCUUCAGCCUGGAGGAGGAGACACGUCUGGACAAGGACAUCGAGUCCCGCCCCGUCUCCCGGGCAACCCCCUCCCCCACCCCGCGGCCGACCUCUCCCCCCGGAUACGUGUAUGAGGAGGAGGAGGAUGAAAACAUUCCUAUGCCGAGGAACAUGAAGGUGAAGUUGCUGGACAAGACGUACCGCCGCAUCAAGUUGGGCCGCACCUGGAUCGACAUGAAGAAGACCCUGGACCAGGCUCGUGCAGAGCUGGUGACUGCGUUCCCUGCCCAGCUGGGAGGGAAUGACUUCCGCUUCAUGACGGCUAACCUGACCCACGUGGUGCAGGAGGUGGAGAGCGAGUUCCACCUGAAGGACAUCAUUGCCAGGGACUGUGACGUCAUCGCCCUCCACAUGGUGUAAGGUAGAUCUAACACCACAAGGACCAGACUGAGUCAAGACAUGCUUGUUUGAUUGAUCAAUUGAUUGAUUGAUUGAUUGACAAGCUGCACCCCAUGUUUGCCGUGUGUUUGCUGUGUAUUACAUCAUUAGGGAAUGAUUUUCUGGUGACACUUUUCACUCACUCAGAUCAUUUCAAUGAGGAGACAAGCAUAGUAUAUUUAGAAUCAACUGAUAAUCGAAAUUGAAAUUUUUAUGCAAAGCAUCCAACAUGAUGUGUGGCCCUUUUUUCUAACUCCUGUAACUUCUCUUGAAUACAAGUAGCUUGUCUUAUAUAAGCUGAACAUUUUGAUUGGUUUAACUUACACAUGAAGUCAAUGAAUUUACUUUACCCGGUAUUUACUACAUGAACAUUCUCAUUGGUUACAGAAUACAACAAUGUUGCUUUCAUGAACAAUGUUAUUGCUCUGUAGUUAAGCAUGUAAUUUCCAUCAGAAUUCUUCUUCAAACCUUUCCUUUGGGUUGAGAGAUUUUUGUGUGUCCCCCCCCCCAAAAAAAAAUAUACUAGAACUGUGAUUUCUCACCAUUACUUCAUAUAUGCCAAAUUUCAUCUACAUUGUGAAAAGUUAGAUUUAUAAAUGAUUUCAAAUUAGUUCAUUACUGGACAUAUUCACAAAGCUGUGACAACAGUUGAGGAUAUGAAAAAUUCAAAAAUGUUUAUACCCUCAUUUGUAUCAAGAAAUACAUUUUUCUAAAAUAUGGAAAUUAUAGUACAUGGUGAGAAAGCACAUUAUAAUUUAAGAUAUUGUGACCUUUUAACUUUACUUUAAGAUUUUUGUUAUUGACAAAUGUCAAACAAUUGACAUGCAUCAAUGCAUAAGCAAGCACAGUAGACCUGCUUGCAUCCUGUAGUGUGUUAACAAACUAGACAUGUGGAAACAUCAGUGAUAAAGGGCGAAUGUACACCUUGUAGGAGAAUGACAAUGUUGAGACACGAUCUACCCAACAGUUGAGACAGGAGGUAACACACUUUAUGUCCAUCCUAGGCACAGUGGAUGCAUGUUUGUUCUUUGUGUGUUGUGUGAUGAAAUAAAAUGAAGAAAAAUCCAAAAA